CCACAUUUUAAAGCAAAAUAGAUGUUUUUGCUUGGUUAUCUGUGGUUUUAUUUCAAUGUCGCUAAUGCCAAUUUUCCUGUCCAUUAUUUCAAUCAAAACUUAGAUGGAAAGAAACCAUCAUAUUGCAGAGGACAAACAAACAUAUUGCUCUCAUUCUUGCAGAACAAAUUAUAUGGGCAAUCCAGUAGAAGCUCCCCCUAACUCCUCUUGUCCACCUGAAUCUGGCUGUGAGGUUCCAACACAUACCCUGCCAAAUGAUAGAAAUCUUUACAGACAAGAUGUUGUCCGACACAUCAAGCAUAAAGGCUCGCUCGGUGUGGUCAUGGAAGUGGCCGGUGAUUCCGAUUCUGAAGGCAGUAUCACUGAUGAAAGCGACAUCGAUGAUAUCACACAUGAGAAUAAUGUUCAUGACGCCGAAGAUGUUGACGAUGCUGACAGAAACAGUGAGAUGUACCAUGGGGAAAAUAACGAAACUCUUCCAGAUGGCCAAGUUAGAAUAGUGUGGGCUGAUGGGCCUGAGUCUACAGAAAAUAUUAACGACAUUAACGUUGUGGAUAGGGGUUUCUUGCACGGAGAUAUCGUUUCUUCUGUUUUGGAUCCUACCGGACAAUUGGGCCUCAUUGUACAUGUCAGCAUCAGGGUAGAUCUGCAAAAUUCUAAUGGAGAAAUAUUACGAAAUAUUUCCACCAAGGAUCUUAAACGCAUUAGAGAAUUCACUAUUGGAGAUUACGUUGUCCGAGGCCCAUGGCUUGGCCGUGUGGAUGAUGUUUUAGAUAAUGUGACUGUUUUGUUUGAUGAUGGAUCAAUUUGUAAAGUCGUGAAAGCUGAUCCGUUGAGGCUCAAGGCAGUUUCAAGACCUGUUCUUGACGAUGCGAACUCUCCCUACUAUCCAGGUCAGCGGGUCAGGGCUGUUUCUUCUUCGGUUUUCAAGAGUUCGAGAUGGCUUUCUGGCUUGUGGAAAGCAAAUCGCCUUGAAGGUACCGUUGUUAAAGUUCAAACAGCUUCAGUAAUAGUCUACUGGAUGACAUCGGCUUACCUCGGUGUUGGCACUACUUCUGAUGAUGUUCCCUCCGAAGAGCAAAAUCCGAAGGACCUAACCCUUUUAUCAUGUUUUUCUUAUGCAAAUUGGCAGCUAGGUGACUGGUGUCUCCUUCAAACAUCAGCUGAAAAUUUGACCUCGGAGUCCUCAAACCUUAAAGAAACCAUGGAGGAUGAAGCUUCAGGCCAAAGAGAAAGCUUAGUGGAUGAUUCCUUAGAUUCUGAUUCGAUUUCUAAUUCUAUAAGCACUGAAAAAGACUCUGCAAUUCCCAACAUACUUGAAGGUAACCAACCAUCUGAGACAGAAAUCACAGUGUUAGCGGUAGAUACAAAAAAUAAUGAUGCUGAAGAUCACCUUUUAACUGAACAGAUGACAGAUGGUUACAAAGAAAAUUCCGUGUCAUCAAAAGUUGGUAGUAAAUUGAAGUUGAAGCAGAAGAAAAUGUCCAGUGAAAGUAAUCCAACAGAGUCUAUUGAUGUAAUUCCAGAAUGUGGUUCUUGCAGUAUCUCAUCAUCCUCUUCGAGGGAGCCUGCUCAUGAUGGUUGGCCUGCAUACCGCAAGAAACUUCGUAAAGUUUUAUUUAAGAGAGAGAGGAAGGCUUCUAGAAAAAAUGAGAACUUUGAAAGAGCUCUUUUUAUUAUGAAUACUGUAACAAAGGUUGAUGUGGCAUGGCAAGAUGGAACGAGGGAAUAUGGUUUAGAAUCCACGUCUUUAAUUCCAAUACGUUCUCCUAGUGAUCAGGAAUUUUUUCCAGAGCAGUAUGUGGUGGAGAAGGCCUCGAACGAACUUGAUGACUCGGUUGAACAUAAUCGAGUUGGGAUAGUGAGAAGUGUGAAUUCGAAGGAGAGAACCGUUUGUGUUAGAUGGUUUAAACCCGUGUCUAGUCCAGAAGAACCUCGAGAAUUUUAUUGUUGUGAAGUUGUGAGCGCGUAUGAACUGGACGAGCAUCCUGAUUAUGACUAUUGCUAUGGAGAUGUUGUCGUUCGGUUAUCCCCAGCAUCCAGUUCUGAUUCAUAUUUGGAAAUUUCCAAAGAGAAUUUGGGUGAAAAGGCUGAUUUUACGGAAUCUGAGACUGAUUUAGAUGAGAAAAAUUUUAAAUGCAAUUCAGAAUUGUCAAAUGGUGAAGCAUUGGUAAAAUUUAGAUCUCUUUCCUGGGUUGGAAAUAUAACUGGUCUGGAAGAUGGUGAUAUCGAGGUGUCAUGGGCCGAUGGGAUGGUGUCAAAGGUUGGUCCUCAAGCUGUUUAUGUUGUUGGUCGAGAAGAGGAUACAGACUCAUACGAAGGUGGAAGUGACAUCAGUGACGACGGUGCUAGUUGGGAAACAGUUAAUGAAAAUGAAAUGGUUAUUCUUGAUGAAGCCGAUGAAGCUGAAAAGGAACCUGAGUCAAAAGGUGCCAAAAAUAAUGUUCUUGCUUCUGAAAACACAGAGGAGAGUCCACCAGAUGAUGUUGCUGGAAAAGCUGGGCCUCUUUCAGUGCCUCUUGCUGC